CCUGCGCGGACUUUCCAUUUCACACACACCCUCCCCUCGUCAUUGGAGGAGACUGUGCUCCUUCUUCCCGAUCCGAGCUCAACUUUCAAUGUGUCAGAGAGCAGAGACAUGGACAAACCCGGGAUUAAAACGCACGAUUUCAUGCCAUGACAGACUCCACAGACUUAGCACAUGCAGUCACCACAGAUAGAGGCCUAGGCUCGGGCUUUUGCUAGAAUAGGUGAGGACACAAGACGGGGUGUGCAUGUUACUCGGGGGGCUUCACUUUCUCGAUGCUGCAGGGCAGGAGCUGGAUGACAUGAUGCUGCAGAGCCCGCUCACCUCCACGCCGUUCUCGGUCAAGGACAUCCUGAAGCUGGAGCAGCAGCAGCGGUCCGGGACCUUGGAGCUCCAGCACCGAGCCCACACCCAGCAGCACCUGGCUGCGUCUUCCCCGCAGCCGCAGCAGCAGCAGCAGCACUUCCAGCCCCCGCCUUCCUGCAUGCUCGCCGCAGCCCGGGACAGUGCUUCCUUCUCGGACGGGGAGGACAACCUGGUCUAUCUGAGCGCUCUGGCGGUGCGGGACGAGGACCGUGGGGACACCAACCUGUCCCCGGACCUGUACGCCCACGCCGGCCUGCAGGGAGCCAAGCUGGAGGAGCCGGAGAGCAAGAGCUGCGGCCUCGGGUCCCGGGACGAGGCAGCGGACCGGGGCGAGCAGGGCGACGCCGACAGGCCGGUGCCGAAGCAGAGGAGCAGGCGGAGGCCCAGGGUGCUGUUCUCGCAGGCGCAGGUCUUCGAGCUGGAGCGACGCUUCAAGCAGCAGCGCUACUUGUCCGCCCCGGAGCGCGAGCACCUGGCGACCACGCUAAAACUCACGUCGAACCAGGUCAAGAUCUGGUUCCAGAACCGCCGCUACAAGUGCAAACGGCAGCGGCAGGACAAGUCCCUGGAGGCGUCCGGGCAGCACCCGCCGCCGCCCAGGCGCGUGGCGGUGCCGGUGCUGGUUCGGGACGGGAAGCCGUGUUUGGGCGGCGCGCAGAGCUACGGCCCCGCAGCUCCAUAUGGAUCCAACCCGUACACUUAUAACGGAUAUCCGGCGUACACGUACAGCAGCCCCGCUUACAACAGCAACUACAGCUGCACGUACACCAGCAUCCCGGCUCUGCCUGCGUCCAGCAACCCCAACGCCUUCAUGAACAUGAACCUGGGGAACGUGAGCGGCCUCGGCGGCUCCCCGCAGGCCCAGACGCACCAAGGGACGGCGGUGGCAGCCUGCCAGGGCUCCCUGCAGGGCAUCCGAGCCUGGUAGACAACAGAACCGAGCCGCGUUGCUUUGGUGGAGCUUUUCAGGCCCACGGCCUUUCAAGUGUGUUGACUUGAUCAGAGUUAUUGCUUUUGGACGCGAGGAUGAUGAUGAUGAAGAAGAUGAAACCGUCCGCUUUAAGAACCGACAGGACUCGUGGUUUCACGCGGAUCCUUUGAUCCUUUGGGUGACGUUUCACGGUGAGGUCCAGUAAUUGUCGGUGCUGUGGACGAUUUCUCCAGUGAACUCCAAAAUAUCCGAUGUUUGUUUUUACUGUUAUAUUUUAGGACAUAUAGAGACUGAAUUGUUUAAGGUUUUCGGUUGAACAGAUUAUUGUUUUAGUAUAUUUCACACCUAUUCAAAUAAAUCCCAGAAAAGAGCAGAGUGCGUUGUGACUCUAUUGGAACAGAAACGGCUGAAUCUUUUUUACACUUUCGAACGGGAUUGAAUUAUUACUGUUUGAUUGGCGUUACACAACUGAGACCGGAGCGUUCCCUAAAUGAUGAGAAGAAAGAGUAAUAAUAAUAAUAAUAAUAAUAAUAAUAAUAAUAGCCUAUAUUAUUGCCUCCGUGCGGGUUACUGUACCUUCACGCGAAACCCAUGCACGACGGCAAAUUUUGCUCAUAACCGCAUUAAGGGAGAACUGCUGGAGGAGGCCAGGCCACGGGAACCCUUUGUCCCAGUGCCAGGCGACGUGAAAGGAGGAAGUUAUUCUCCAUUUGAGGUCCUUUAAAGGACGCGAUUAAGCACCUAAAGUACCCAGAAGAGCGAGCUGCAGCCGGGCUAAGGAGCGGCAAUAAUGGCCCUUAUUGGAUUGUUGGACAAAAGGUGUGUGGUAGGCAGAGCCGGGCACUCAGCAAAGACAAAGGCGCACAGGGGCCGUGAGAUUGACGUCCUAAUAUUCCCAUUUGAGGGACAGGCAGCGGGUUAUUCUGCGCGGAGAAGGGGACACGGAGGAAAAAUGUGGUCACUUUUGUUCCCCUUCAGGAGGCUUUUUUUGUUCCCGGAGAAAGGCUCUCCGAGAUCCCCAGCCGCGAGGCUUCGGGGGCAGCCGGACUGGAGGUGAAGGCAGCGGGGAGGCGUUUGUGUGAAAGAAGGGGGUAUUAUUGCUACAAGUUUCACCAUUUAUACCGACGAGGGAAAUGGACGAGAGAAUUUUAAGGGCCGCGGAGGAGGGAGCGAGCUGCGCGGCCCGGAGCCUAUUAUUUGCGGGGAGGGUGUUAUUUCAGGCCGGAGCGAUGUUGUUCUCACAGGUAACAGUGUAAACUGGAGGAAGGAACACUAAUAAUCUAAUCAUACGCAUUUAGAAGGAACACUAAUAAUCUAAUCAUACGCAUUUAGAAGGAACACUAAUAAUCUAAUCAUAUGCAUUUAGAAGGAACACUAAUAAUAAUCA